AUGUUUUGCAUCCUCCUCCUCGACGAAGACGCCGCCAGCCGCACCUUGCCUUACCGCCCCGCAGUCCCAGGCUAUGCGGCUGCUCAGCUUCUACAAUUGGGUGAUGUCUACGGCAACGACGAGCACAGGAGUCAAGGUCGGAGCUGCGACUGGGCAUGUUUUAGGGGUACUACCAUUGUUGAUUCAAACAUCUUGACGCCGAUGGCGACGAACGAGCGGAGCCAUCUGCCGCUCGAGGAGGAGGCUGAGCAUGCUUCCACUGUCAAGCUGGAGAAACCAGCCAACGUAUCUUUGAUGCCUUUAUGGUUUUCAGUUUGUGCUGAGACGGUGGAUCAGUUUUUAUUUGGUGAAAGAAGGAAACAGGAAGAGUAUAUACUCAGAUCAGCGUCAUCGACUAAGCCUGGGUAUGUGAAGAUUGUUGUUAGUAUGUUUUAUGUGCUCCUACUCUAA